GUCACUGAAGUGGACCCCUGUGACAUUGUUGGACAGUUCUACCAUCCAGAUCAGAAAGCCUAGGACCUGCCUCGUGGGCACACUGGGCACCAUGGACUCCCCAGGGUACAAUUGCUUUGUAGAUAAGGACAAGAUGGAUGCAUCCAUCCAGGACCUGGGGCCAAAGGAGCUGAACUGCACAGAGCUACAGGAGCUGAAGCAGCUGGCACGGCAGGGUUACUGGGCUCAGAGCCACACCCUGCGUGGAAAAGUGUACCAGCGCCUGAUCCGGGACAUCCCCUGCCGCACAGUCACACCUGAUGCCAGCGUGUACAGUGACAUCGUGGGGAAGAUUGUGGGCAAACACAGCAGCAGCAGUCUGCCCUUGCCCGAGUUUGUAGACAACACUCAGGUGCCCACCUACUGCCUGAACACGCGGGGAGAAGGCGCUGUGCGCAAGAUCCUCCUGUGCAUUGCCAACCAGUUCCCCGAUAUCUCCUUCUGCCCUGCCCUGCCUGCCGUGGUGGCCUUGCUACUGCACUACAGCAUUGAUGAAGCGGAAUGUUUUGAAAAGGCCUGCCGAAUCUUAUCCUGCAAUGACCCCACCAAGAAGCUCAUUGACCAGAGCUUCCUGGCCUUUGAGUCUUCCUGUAUGACAUUUGGGGACCUGGUGAACAAGUACUGCCAGGCAGCCCACAAACUGAUGGUGGCUGUGUCAGAGGACGUCCUGCAGGUCUACUCUGACUGGCAGCGGUGGCUCUUUGGGGAGCUGCCCCUCAAUUACUUCGCCCGUGUAUUUGAUGUCUUCCUUGUAGAAGGCUACAAAGUAUUGUACCGAGUCGCCCUGGCCAUCCUCAAGUUCUUCCACAAGGUGAGAGCGGGACAGCCCCUUGAGUCAGACAGUGUAAAGCAAGACAUCCGGAUGUUUGUCAAGGACAUUGCCAAGACAGUGUCCCCUGAGAAACUGCUAGAGAAGGCCUUUGCCAUCCGCCUAUUUUCCCGAAAGGAGAUCCUGCUCCUGCAAAUGGCCAAUGAGAAAGCACUGAGGCAGAAGGGUAUAACUGUCAAACAGAAAAGUGUCUCACUUUCUAAAAGGCAGUUUGUGCACUUAGCUGUCCAUGCAGAGAACUUCCACUCAGAGAUUGUCAGCGUGAAGGAGAUGAGAGACAUUUGGUCCUGGAUCCCUGAGCGCUUUGCCCUCUGCCAACCCCUCCUGCUCUUCUCAUCACUGCAGCAUGGGUACAGCCUAAGCAGGUUCUAUUUCCAGUGUGAAGGACAUGAGCCCACCCUGCUGCUCAUCAAGACCACUCAGAAGGAGGUCUGUGGGGCUUACCUGUCAACAGACUGGAGCGAGAGGAACAAGUUCGGAGGCAAGCUGGGCUUCUUUGGGACUGGAGAAUGCUUUGUUUUUAGGCUCCAGCCAGAAGUGCAGCGCUAUGAGUGGGUGGUCAUCAAACACCCAGAGCUGACCAAGGCAACAUCCCUCAAGUCUCCAGAGGCCGCAGCCAGCCCUUCCCUCACCAGCCACUGCUCUUCAGACCCUGCUGACCGGCUCUCCCCUUUCCUGGCUGCCCGGCACUUCAACCUGCCCUCUAAAACUGAGUCCAUGUUCAUGGCUGGAGGCAACGACUGCCUCAUCAUUGGGGGAGGAGGUGGUCAAGCACUCUACGUUGACGGGGACCUGAAUCGAGGGCGCACUGGACACUGCGACACUUUCAACAACCAGCCCCUCUGCUCUGAGAACUUCUUCAUCGCAGCUGUGGAGGCUUGGGGCUUCCAAGACCCUGACACCCAGUGACGGGCCCGAACUGAUGGUGACAGCCACAUUGUGGGGUGAUGGAACAGAGGCCCGGCUGCCUCUUCAGGGAGCAGGGAGUGAGUGAGAAGUCAACCCCAGAAAGUGGAAAGGUUUGCUGUGCAGUGUGGCUGGCCCUGGCUUGGACUUAGGUUAGGGUCCUGAGCCUUCCUACUUCUGAGCCCCGUCUAGCAUCUCUGUAAGAGACACCCUCUGCCCUCACCCAGGGCCCUGGCUCUGCCACAUGUCCUGUACUCACAAUUGCCAAGGCUACAUUUCCAUGCCCCUGAGCCUCAGCCCCUUAAAAGGAAAGGGCAAAUGAAUCUUCUUGCCAAAUGUGGGCCCAUGGCGCCCCCUGCUGGUGCUUUAACCCUGAAGCACCUCUGAGGUUCUCCUGGGGUACAUUUGCUGCUGCUGUGUAGGCUAGGAUUGGGAAGGGCAGGGUUUGUGAAUUCUGUAGCUCCCCCUAUUCUGGAUGGAAUGAGGGCUGGAGAACUGUCUUUUGUCUUUGUGUUUCUGCAGAGCCUGAAGCUCUUGCUGCGCCUCACUGCGAGACCACACCUGAAGGUGGCCUCCGGAGAGACUUUCUUUGACCAACUUGACCAGUCAGCUCCAUUUCCAGAGUUCUUCUCAGAGCUGACUAGACUCAGUGAGGCCUUUGCCUCUCGUCCCUGUGGCCUCCUUUAAGUCUGUAGUCUUGGUGACUCUUGUACUUCGUUUCCCUGUCACAGUGACCACCAAGCAUGGCAUGCUUGUCCCCAUCCACUUUCUGCCUUCUCCCCAGGCCCUUCGCUCCCCUGGACCUGUUCACACAGCAUCUGAUACACCUGUGUGACCUGAUCCCUCAGCUCGCACUGUGGCUGACCAAGUACCGUAUCUUCUGUGUGUUCCCCUGCCCCUGUUCUGGCCUUCAGGUCUCUGGAUGUCUGUGCUUCCUGAGGCCUGUGCCAGCCUGGUACACACUGGAUGCCAAGGGAGAUGCUGCCUCUGAGGACUAUAGCAAGCUUCAUCCCCCAUGACCUCCCUCGCACCCUGUGACCUCCCUCAGCUGGUCCUGAGGGUCUCGGCACCACAGAGGAAGAGAGAAUAAGCAGUGGCCCAAAUGGCUGUGCUGGGACCAUGGAAGUCAGGAUCAUAAGGACAGGCACCUGGUUCCCACAUGACUGUCUGGCGUGCCUGCGAGUCAGCACGUGUCGGGCCAGUGCUUGUCUCCACGCUGAGACUCACUUUUGCUUCGGAAGGUUCAUCCUUCCCCAUUCCACCGACUCACAUCAGCUCUAGCACGGCCACAGCGGCAGAAGAGGCAGGGCAGGAAGGGGCCUCAUGGAGCUUGGGCUACCUGGUAAUUAUACCUACAGCUUUGGACUCUGCACAGUGGACCAGUCCCCCCACCAUGCUGGCUUCCAGGAUGGGUUCGAGUGACUCUAUAGAGGGAAGAGGAACCGUUGUUGGUCACCUCUACAGAAGGUUGUAAGCCUCACCGCCCCUUCCCCUGAGCCCACUGCCCAGGCCUAUACCUCCAACUCUGGUGUUCAUUUAAUACCAUCUUGAUUUUUUGGUCAUUGUUGUUUCUGGCAAGAUCUUACUAGUUAGCCUAACUGGCCUGGAACUCCCUAUGUAGCCCAGACUAGCCUGGAAAUUGCUAUGUAGCCUAGGUUAGACUCAAAAAUCAUGGUCUCCCUCAGCCUCCUCAGUGCUGGGCUUCUGGGUGUUAGGCCCAGCAGAGUGCUUUGCAGUUUGACUGAGGCGGUUCUGAGUUGGGCUCCAGCCAGAGGCCCCAGGACGUUCCUUCCCAGGCUGUGCUGUGGUGCUGCUCACACAUGCGUUACCACGGAGACUCAAGCCUUUCUGAAGCAAUGAAGUCAAUUGGGAGUAUGUGCAGGGCUCUACAGGGCUCCAGACUGCUGGGACCUUGUGUUCUGUGUGGCCCCCACUGGCAGUCCCAGGGGUCUAGCCCAAGGAGACUGAUGGAUGCUUAGUCGUGAUUACAUCAUAACCAAAGUUCUUAGCUUUUCUCCCAUAACAUACCCAGUUCUUUACAUUUAAUGUCCUUUUUUUCCUGACUUCUACCAAAAAGUGUAUAUUGUUUUCUUUAUAUUUUUAUUCUUAUCACUGUUCUUAUCUGAUACUAAGUGUUCUCACUUAGUAUUUGUUUUAUUAAUGUUUUCUAUUAUUUAUUAGCUUUUGAUGUUAAAAAAAAACAAGCCAAAAUAUGAUGGCAUUGUAUAAGAAGUUAUAUUUUAGCAGCAUUCACACAUUUGUUUUUAAAACAAAUACUUAAUCUAAUUUAAGCCCAUUCAUUAACUAAGUUUGUUAAUAUAUACCAUAUGCCUUUGGGGCCUCAGAAGCUCAGUUUAUACUUUGGUUUGGUUUAGUUUGUGACAAGAGUCAGUUUCAUGCAGCUCAGGCAAGCCUUGAGCUAACUGUGUAGCUGAAGCUGUCCUUGAAUUCAUCUUCCUGCUUCCAUCCUCUACAUAUUUGCAUUACGGGUAUGUGCCACCAUGCCUGGUGAUAAUCAGCUCAUUU